UCUUUUCUUUUCCUUCCCUGCCAUUUUCUCUUCUUUUCUUCCUUCCCAAGCACGAAUUCUCUCUCUUCCUUCUCCGCAAAACCCCUCCUCUCUCUCUCUCUCUCUGUAUCCCUCUUCUAAUCGAUUUCUCUUUUCGUUCAAAUCAGAGCCGCAUUCGUCGAUGGCGCUGUGUAGGAGAAUUUCGUCGCAUAUUCCGAUGAGGGCCGUAUUGGCUCAGGGCCGAAACUCCUUGCUGGUCUAUGCUAGUAAACAACACUCCCGCCAUCCAAUUCCAGUUCGCUCCAAUCAAUUGCUUCCUCAAGCUGAGGUCAUACCCAGCCAAGUUUCUCUUUUACAUCAUUCAGCCCCCAGCAUGUCUGUUCUUCAGUGGUUUGGAUUUUCAUCAUCUGCAUCUCCUAAAACUACUGAAAAGGGGAAUACCGAGUCUGGAACUGAGCAUGGGACUGGUGGCAAAACUAGUGGAGAUACCAAAGUUCCUAAGCAAACAGAAAAUCAGAAAGGAGAAUCAGGUGCUAAUUUGGAGUCUGAAUCUAACAUGUCUCAAUCUGUCAAAAGAAGGAGAGGAGGUCCUAAACGAACUGCCUUUUCUGAUUCUGAAUCAGAUUCAGAGGAUGAGUUAUCAAUGGAGGAUCUUGUGAAACUUGUGGCAGAGAAGGAAGAACUUCUAAAGGCAAAGCACAAAGAGAUUGAGAAAAUGCAAGAUAAAGUUCUUCGAACUUAUGCAGACAUGGAAAAUGUCAUGGACCGGACAAGACGUGAAAUAGAUAACUCAAAAAAAUUUUCCAUACAGAGUUUUGCAAAGAGUUUAUUGGAUGUUGCGGAUAACCUGGGUAGAGCUUCCUCUGUUGUGAAAGAAAGUUUUUUAAAGAUCGAUGUGACAACAGACACUGCUGGAGCAGUGCCUCUUCUCAAAACCCUUCUGGAAGGUGUUGAAAUGACUGAAAAACAGCUUGCAGAGGUAUUUAGAAAGUUUGAAGUGGUAAAAUAUGACCCUACAAAUGAGCAGUUUGACCCCAAUAGGCAUAAUGCAGUAUUUCAAGUUACAGAUGCUUCUAAGCCCCCUGGCACUAUAGCUGUUGUUUUGAAGGCGGGAUACAUGUUGCAUGAUCGAGUUCUUCGGCCAGCUGAAGUUGGUGUGACAACAGAUCAAGACUCAGAAGCCUAAACCUAACCCACAAAAUUCAGAAACAAUUUUGCAUUUUGCACAUCUGCUUGCGCCCUUGUGACAGCAGUGUGUGUUUUUAGGACAAUUUUUGAGUAACUUCUCACGUUAUUCACAGCUAGUCAUGAGGAGGUGCCCAAGGAGGGUUCCGAAAAUCUUUCAAUUUUCAUUAUAUCAGAGACUUAUGAAUGGUAAUGGUUGGGGCUGGUUUCCCAUGUUUUUGAAAA